UCAUCAUUCCAUAGACGUUCAAGCUUUCAAGGCUGCGUACGAUACGGAUAAGGGUAAGAGAGGAGCAGCAAUGUCGAGAUCACCAGAAAGACCCGCGGCUGGCAGACGCAGAAGUAUGGAGUCUCGAUCUCCAGAGGCAGAAGAGGCUCCUGCGAAGAGAAUGCGUGCAGACGCCAAAGUCGAAGACAAAGCUCGGUCCAAGCGAUUAUUCGGUAACUUGCUAGGAACACUUCAACAGUUCAAGAAGGAGGACAAGUCGAGUCGCACUUCCGAGGCGGCGAAGCGACGAGAGCAAGUCUCUGAGCGCAUUCAGGCGAAGAUCAGGACAGAAUCAACAUUACAUCACGAGAUCGCAGAGACGGAGAAGGAAUUGAAAACCUUGAGGAUAGCUACGGAUUCAGCGGAAUAUGUACUGAGACACAAGGGCAUUGCUAUGACGGCUAGACACAAAACUCUGCGUCCGACUUCUCGCUACCUUUACACUUCUUCACCGCUAGCUGCUCCUUUGAUCUUUGAAGGUGGACUAUUGGAUCCUGCGCCCAUACCGCUCAAUCAAGGUCCGUCGAGGGAGCCACCUCAGCCAAAUCAACUGAAGCCGCUCUAUUUCCUACCAAAAGUCCUGCUGCCGGAACAGGAGGAUGAGCUGGAGUCUCGAAUCGCCAAGAUUGACGAACUCAUUGAAAGUGAGGCGACGGCUUUGGUGAAAGAAAAGGAGGAAACAGCCGAGCGAGUCAAGAAUAACAGGGAACGCAUACAGGAGCUGUCCACAAAGCUUGCCGACCUCAAGAGUAAGGUCAGACCGGAGGACAGACAUCGGAGGCAGAGUCGAAAUGGAGCGGACGAGGACGAUGAUGUGGAUGAGCUGGGAAGGUCGAGGCGGAGAGAUAGUGAGAUAAGGGAUCGUAGUGAGAGGAUGGAGAUGCAGGUCGAAGAGGGUCAGGAUGAGAAAGAGAGAGAAGCUGGCAAGAUCACCGGAGAAGACGGUGAUGUUGAAGUGGAAUACUAGAUCCUGGGUGUGCUGAGUGCCAGAUGCAUGGU